UUCUCCGGACUACUCCAGAACAUUCUAUCCUUGUUCCAGAAACAGCUACUCCACUCGCCCCUCUUCCUCUCCUGAAACCCUCGUACUCCUCAUAUUUAAACCCCACGUAUCUGGUCCGUUCUCUCACCGAUCAAAACGCUACUACGAAUCUCUGUUGGUGAUCGAGAAUGGCCAGCUUCAUGGCUCUCAGAAAUGGUGUGGCUUCCAAACUCGUGAAGAAGUUACCCAUCGCCGUACCAGUUAGCCGCCCCGUGCCCGCCCCCUUGGCUGCUGCUACCGCUACUCGCUCCUUCAACACCGGCGCUCUACUUCAGGUCGAUGGAGACGAUCGUGCCUUCGAACGCCCCUCCGACUCCGGCCACCGCUCUGAUUUCCCCUCCUUCCGAGAUGUGUUUGAUCCGUUCAACUCGACGCGGAGCCUCAACCAACUACUGAGCCUGAUGAAUCAGAUCCAGAUGCUAGACAACGUCCCGUUCUUUUCUGCUCCGGCAGGGCAGAGGGAUGCCUCCCGCGGGUUUCGCCGUGGGUGGGAUGUGAGGGAGGACGAAGAUGCUCUGCACCUGCGAGUGGACAUGCCGGGGCUUGGGAAGGAGCAUGUGAGGGUGUGGAGUGAGCAGAACACCCUGGUGAUCCAGGGCGACGGAGAAAACGAAAAGGUAGGGGAAGAGGAUGCCGCCGGGCGGAAGUACAGCAGCCGCAUCGUUCUGCCGCCGGAGUCUUUUAAGAUGGAUCAGAUCAAGGCGGAGAUGAAGAACGGCGUGCUCAAGGUGGUGGUGCCCAAGUUGAAGCAGGAGGAGGGGAAGGACGUUUUCCAAGUGCAGUUUGCAUGCGGACAAAGUAAAAUCGUCUCUCAUAAACCAUUGCUGCUUAAUUGUAAACUGAAAUCUCAAGAGCCAUUGGAAGCUUGCAGAAUCUGGUGUUUGCUUGACUACCAGUUUUUCAUGCGGACAAAUCCUCUAUUACACAAACAUUUUAGGUGGAUCGCAUAAGCAAAGCAAAUUUUAUGGACAGUGUGAUGAAGCAAACCAGGAACUGAGAAAACCAACAAGGUCAAAGGGCCAAAUAAAGAGUAUCUUCUUAUCUAUCAGUUAUAAUGUUACAAAAUGAUAUAGAAUAAGCUAUGAUAUAUAUUUCUGCUAUAUUGAUCACAUUGCUAUUGAAAUCGCUACAAGAAUAUCAAAUAAUUUAUUA